AUGCAUUUACGAGGUUACAUAUUGGUCACAAAUACACGCGUUACACCGCCCUUUAUUUGGAAGCUCGUCAUCCUCGACGUUAAAGUAUCCGCUGCGAUGGUGAUUCUAUGUGAGGAUUGCAGCAAGGAAUUUGAAACUUUAAAUGUACUCCAAAAGCACCGUCUCAAAUACCACCCUAUACACAGUAGCAUAAUAUGCUCAAAAUGUUGGGAAGAAUUUCCUACAGAAAGCGGUCUAUUAAAGCACACGACGUUGAAGCACAGCAUCAAAUGCGCGCAGUGUCGCAAAAGUUUUAAGACCAAAACAAAUCUUGACAAGCAUAUGAGGUUUCUACACAAAAUAUCGCAGGAGGUGACUAAUUGA